UUCCUCUGUGUCAGAACCUAUUAAUAAUUUAUUUUGCUUGUCAACAACUAAGUGAAUUCUAAUGAUUGACGAGGACAGCUGGAGUGUCUGUCAUACCACCUUUGCAUAGGUUUUUGUUUAUGUUGUAAAUUGUCAAGUUAUGGAAAUUCAGCACUGAAUGGGAAACAGAGGAUUUUGUUACAGUACAAGAUAUCUUCAUUUGUUAACUUGAGCCCUGUGGUGUGAAGAGACAUGAAGGCUCUGUUUGGACUGUUGGUGAUGUUAGCAGCAGUGUCUCAUGGCAUGGAUCCCUGUGAUGCUACACUGGAUGGAGCUCAGUGUUAUGGAACUCUGGGAGGAACUGUCUUUCUCCAGCUGAUACAGGUUGUCAGCGGAGUCCCUGACAUAUCAUUAAAAACCGAAUCCAAUGAUGCUGCUAAAAUUAUACUCAAAAUUAGAAACAAACCCCCCAAAAUAGUGAAAAUCCACAAAUCCAUUGAAACCAGAGCACACUUCUUUAUCAACAACGGGACGUUUAGGAUAGAUAACACAGAAAGGAAUGAUUCUGCUGAAUAUAGACUAGAAACAUUUAAUGCAAAUGGGGAAACAUUAGGGACCAGGAAACUACAACUGUUUAUUGAAGCCCCACUGUCCCCUCCUCAGCUGUCCUCUCAGUGUCUGACCCAUGGAGAGAUGAGGGUGUCCUGCUCCUCUGAGGGGGACGGCCCUCAGUACAGCUGGACUCUGGACGGACACCCACCGAGAGACACUGAGGCCUCUCCUGGUGACAAGACAAACACCAUUACACUGAAGAGAGGCCAGUCUGGAGAUCUCACGUGCACCGUCAAAAACAACAUCAACAGUGUUACUGUGAGCAAAAUAAUCUCCCCCUGUGAGGGGCUUAUGUAUGUUAACUGCACUUCCAACGGGACAAAGGUAUCAGAGUGGGUGAUUGCCACUGGUAAUACCCUGUGUAUUGAACGUACAACAGUGGCACACACAACUGUGACAAAUGCCUUCACCAGUAAAACAGAGGCAACCAAAGAGAUCAUAGGGACGGUAGCAGGGUCUCUGGCAGGCGUAGUCCUUGUCCUAGUAAUGGUGUUGGCAGUUUACUGUGUCCAGAAGAAAAAGAAACCUCCAAAGACUUCAGUUCAUGUUGACAGUCAGGAUGUGGAAUACGCGAAUGUCAGGACACUGAAGAAUCAGAUGAGACUGCAGGAAAGAAAGGUGGAGUACGGACAGGUGAAAAUCACUGGGGCUCCCCAGCAGCCAUUGGAGGUGUUUGGACAGAAUAAAACAUUAGAGGGUCCCCGGUGGAAAGUAGGCACACCUGAGGAGGGGGACUGUGUGUACGCCAGGGUACGCAAAGUCCAGUGAGCAAGGUACUGUCCAGAUUCAAUAUAACAGAAGGAGGCUGAUUUAUAGGAAAGUACAACGCAGUGUCCAUCUUUCUAUUUGCAUAUCAUCCCUAACAGGUAUUGCAUGUCUUAUAGAUUUUGUCCCAUUAUUACCAGAUUCAGGUUUUCAAAGGUGGUCAUUACUUAAUUUGCAAUAUGUACACCAAGUCUUAAAGAACCACAAAGUUAAAUCAUUUGAUGAACUAAGUUCAGACUUCCAUUUGCCAAAGUCAGAUUUCUUUAGCUAUUUACAACUAAGAUACUAUUUACUGAAACACCCCAAAUAGGUAAUAACAAAGGUGAGUACUCUCCCAUAGAAAAACUCAAUCAUCAGAAAAUGGCAACUAGAAGUCAACAAAUAAAACUGCACCAAUGUGUUGAUAUCAUGGCACUGUGCAAUACUCCGCAAACUAAGUGCAAGUGGGAACCUGAACUUGGGGAGAACAUUGAACAUGAAACUUAGGAGGAAAUACCAUUUUGGGUACUUUCUAACUCCUAUCUAUACUCCUAUCUCCUGCCUAUCUAUUGAUUAUACUCCUGUCUGCAGCAAAUAAAUGUAUUACAGCACAUUUGUUAAAUAAGGACAUUCAUACUAUGAGUGGAAUUGUAGAGUGAAAUGAAUGUAUUUCAUGUAGAAUAAAAUUACAAACAGAUAAAUGUGAAAAAAAGAUGGGAACCGCUCCUUGUAAAUAACAUUGUGUAGACUUAAGACUCAUUAGUCUUGAAGCAAACAAACAUAUGAUGAAUGUGAUUACUAAUUUUUGCUUUUCUUUUUUCAAAUUGCUUUUCCUUUUGGUGAUUUCGGUGCCUUCAGAACAUUUUCACACCCCGCAACUCUUUCCACAUUGUGUUGUUACAGCCUGAAUUUAAAAUGGAUUCAAUUGAGAUUUUGUGUCACUGGCUUACUCACAAUAAUGUCAAAGUGGAAUUGUGUUUUUUUUAUGUUUACAAAUGAAUAAAAACUGAAAAUCAGAAAUGUCUUGAGUCAGUAAGUUUUCAAGCCUUUUGUUAUAGAAUGCAAAAAUAAGUUCAGGAGUAAAAUGUUCUUUAACAAGUCACCUCUGCAUGCAAUAGUAGAGUGGCAAAGAAUACAACGUGUUAUGUUUGGGGCAAAUCCAACACAACACAUAAAUGAGUAUCACUCUUCAUAUUUUUUAAAAUGGUGGUGGCUGCAUCAUGU